UGAGUAUUCAUCAAGUCGGGUUUCAAGCAACACAGUGUUCACUGGCUUUCAGUAUUUAUUUACCAAGUCACUUCUCAGUUAUCAGUAUAUAAACAUUCUCUAAGAUAUCAGCAGUUAUCUCUGAACUGGCAUUUUCAGAAUGAACGUAGAUAAGGAACUAUUUGCGGCAUUUGCCUUUCAUGCUGGGCUCAUGGCAGUUAAAACUCUGUUCAUGUCUUUUCUCACUGCAAGGCAGAGAUUCGCAAAGAACAACUUCAUUUCUCGUGAGGAUGGAAAGACAAGGCCAGGGGCUAAGAUCGGAACAGGGGUGGAUGAGGAUGUGGAGAGAGUACGAAGAGCGCAUCAAAAUGAUAUAGAGAAUAUAUUUCCCUUCCUAACCCUGGGAUUUCUCUAUCUUUUCACCAACCCUGGCCUUUCCACUGCUACAACUGUGUUCAGAUUGUUUUCUGGAGCACGAAUUCUUCACAGUGUAGUUUAUCUCUGGGAGAUUCCUCAGCCCUCCAGAGCUCUCGCUUUCUUUGCAGGUAUGGGAGCUAAUCUGUACAUGGGUUACAAGAUCCUAUCCACCUUCAUGUCUGCCAUGUAAACAUUGUACAAAUGUAUUGCAACAUAAACAGCUUAUGUGAAUUUAACAUAAAGAGAUUUAUGUGCAAUAGUACAGGAAUAUAAUGAGCUUUAUGUACAAUAGUACAUCAGCAUAAAGCGCGUUAUGUACAAAAGUACUGAAAUAUAAAGAGCUUCAUGGAUAAUAGUACAGCGACAUAAUGAUCUUUAUGUACAAAAGUACAGAAAUAUAAAGAGUUAUCUAUAAGCUAGUACUGUAACAUGAAAUUCAUGCACACUAAUACUGCAAUAUAAAAAGCUUCAUGUACAAGUACAGUGACAAAAAUAGCUUUAUGUACUACACUACAGCGAAAUAAAGAGCUUUUUUUUACAAUUGUACUGCACUAUAAAGAGAUGUAUGUACAAUUGUAAUUCAACUGCAUAUUAUGAGGUGUCCUGUUGCUAUGUACAGAAAUGUUAUGCUUUAAAAUUUAAAUAAACAUAAACCCAUUACUUUU